AUGCCCAGCAAACAGGAAUUACUCGAAGAAGUUGCCAGACUUCGAGCCGAAAAUGACUUACUAAAGAAGAAAUGUAAUAAAAUCUCGACUCUUCCUUUGAACAGAGAGGAGUAUAGAAGAUAUGGUAGACAGAUGCAGGUUCCUGAAUUUGGUGGUCUAAAUGCACAAGUUAAGCUGAAAAACUCAAAACUACUAGUCAUAGGAGCCGGCGGGUUGGGUUGUCCUGCUCUUUUAUAUUUGGCGGCAGCAGGCAUAGGACAAAUCGGUAUAGUGGAUCAUGACACUGUAGAUAUCACAAACUUGCAUAGACAAGUUAUCCAUGAUACGAAUACGGUUGGUAUGUUUAAAGCUGAGUCUGCACAAAUAAAGAUUCAGGCUUUGAAUCCGAACGUUAAAGUCGUCACUUAUUGUGAAGCUUUAACUAAUACUAACUGUUUCGAUAUUGUCGAAUCUUAUGAUAUAGUGCUUGAUUGUACUGAUAAUCCCGCUAGCAGGUAUCUAAUCAACGAUACAUGUGUUCUCCUCGGUAAAACAAUCGUUUCUGGCUCUGGUUUAAAAACAGAAGGACAACUCAGCAUUUUGAAUUUCCAUAAUAAGGGUCCUUGCUAUCGUUGUUUUUACCCUAAACCACCUCCACCCAAUUCGGUUACGUCAUGCUCUGAUGGAGGAGUCAUUGGACCCUGCAUUGGAUUAUUGGGUGUGAUGAUGGCCAUAGAAGCACUUAAAUGUCUCACAGAGUUCUAUACGGAUGAGAACUUUCGACCAUUUCUUGCUCUGUAUUCCGGCUACUCCCCUCAGCAGAAGCUUCGUACUUUCAAGAUGAGGGGACGAUCACCAACAUGUGAAGUUUGCAAGGCAGACUGCAGAAAGGUUACCAGAAAGCUUAUAGAGUCUGGAAAGAUUGAUUAUGAGAAUUGGUGCGGCUCUUUAAACUAUGAGGUGUUGGAUUCAAACACUGAAAGAAUCAGUGCCAAGCAACUUGCUCAGAUUGAUUUUGGCGUGCCGACAAUCAACCCUUUAAUUGAUGUCAGGCCAGAAGAGCAAUAUGAUAUUGCUCAUUUGGAUCAUUCUAUCAAUAUUCCUUAUGCUCAACUAUCACAAACUGACUUUCUUCCGGAAUCGAUCGACCCCACUAAGCCCACAUAUGUGAUCUGCAGAUUUGGUCGAGAUAGUCAACUCAGUACUAAAGCCCUUCAGAAUCGCCUCGCUAACGUUAAAGAUGUUAUUGGAGGUCUUGAUGCGUGGCAGAGAGAGGUUGAUUCCGAUUUCCCAGUUUAUUGGUGA